AUGUUGGACCUGCUCCUCUCCAUCCCCAUCCUCUCCUAUGUCUUCUUUCCCACCACGGGGGCGUCGAUAUCCACGUCCGUGAAUCUUAUAUUUUUUUACAUGACGUGGACCAGCCUUGUAUUCUCUCACCCAGCUCUCGAACUACAUUUAUCCGGCGUCCUCGUCAUCCGCGUCAUCUUCUGGCUCAUCCCCUCACUCGUCUUCCUCCUACUCGACGUCAGCGUGCCCAGUCUCGCCGAGGGCUUCAAGCACGGCGGGCGCAGCUCUUUGCCCACCCGGGAUGCGCGCAAGCUGGCAAAGAUGCUGGGGCUGGCCCUGUUCAACGUCCUUGUUUGUCUGGCCUUUGAGGCCGCCAUCAGCAUGGGAUACACGCUGCUCUUCAAGCGCCACGUGUUCAAGAUGAGCACGACGCUGCCGCUCCCUUGGACCGUCUUCAAGCACUGCGCCUUUAUACUGACCUCGCGCGAGCUUGUCAGCUUUUACGUCCACCGAUACGCGCUGCACGGUUCGUCCUGGCUAGCAAAGAAGCACGUGGCAUAUGCCCACGCCGGCGCCGGCGCACCAUUCAGUUUGCAAGUCUUUGUCGAUUAUCCCGUGGCGACUCUGCUGCACCGAUCGCUGCCGGUGUUCCUCCCCUGCAUGCUGAUCCGCACCCAUCUGCUCACGUACUUCCUGGUCCUCAUCAUCACGUCCAUUGAAGAGACGCUGGCCAUGUCCGGGUACACAAUCAUUCCGGGCAUCGUCAUGAGCGGCAUCACGCAGCGGACAGCAAUCCACUACGCAAACAUGGGGACGUCCAAUUUUGGCUCCUACGGCGUCAUGGACUGGGCGCACGGCACGAACCAGGGGCGCGAGGUCCUGGAAGAUGUACGAAAAGAGGCAGACAAGCAUCACGCUCAGGAGAAAUCGGCAGACAAGGUGGACGAAGGAACCAAGGCCGUACAGGAUGGUGUGGACUCGCUGAAGAAACGGCUACGAUCUGUGAGCGAUAAGUGA